AUCUCGAAGGAGACACAAUGUAAACAAAUGCGUUGUGCUGCCGCAACUUCUUUCUAGUCCGAACUUAAAAAGGUGUUUGCCCUGUGUUGCUCUAUAUUAUGAGUUCUAAUGGAAAUAUUGAAGUCUCUCUCAAGAUUCCGUUUCCGACCAAACGGGAAGCCGAGAUAGCGUACGAUGUGCUGCGUGUCGAUAGUGAACCGAAGCGAAGUUUCACCAACAAACGUAUUAAACUAGAAGAAAACGUACUGCUGCUAGAACUGUCCGGCGAACAGGCGAAAAACGUGCGUGUUGGUGUGACAUCGUUCUGCGAGCUACUUCUCCUUUGCUGCGAAACACUCGAACAAUUUGGUCCCCCAUUGUCGGACAAAUACGCUCAUUACUGAUCCCAACGCACCGUUCAAGGCGUACGCGAUGCCUGAGCAUACGCCGACUCCGACGUCGGGUCGAGCAAUUUACGGCUUUGCUCUGUUCCUUUUGUUUAAGACCCUAUUCUUAAUGUACGUCCUGUGGGCAUUCGUUCCUACCGCGUGGUUCGAGAUGCUUGGCCUGACGUAUCUACCGGACAAAUACUUUGCACUAUUCGUACCGAUCGUCGCGCUGGUCGCGGUAACACUGUUCGCCUUUUUAAUCUAUCCCUCGCUGGCCCUGUCCAUGAUGCCCGACGUGGACGACCGGGUAACGAUCGCUGACGAUAACACGAUCGUGCGUUGCGAAUAUCGCUUCCCGGACGGUCAAAACUGCCAUCAGCGGGUGGAAGAUCCAUUUGCGAGUGGAUGGUAUGCGAAGCGGCACUGUUCAAAACAUAGUUCGCGCCAUAUCGAAACCCAGCGUACGGUGCGUGUGGCCAACUUUUGCGACUGUCCGUACGAGGGUCAGUGUUUGCUCCGAAAGGACCCAGAGUAUUUGCCAACGUUGCGGAGCAAAGAUCCGAUUCCGGCGGUUAGGGAUUUAAGCCUGUCGCAGGUCAGCCGUGUCCUGUACCGACGAUGUAGAUAGAGAAUUGCAUUUUCAAAUUUAACAAUAAAGCGAGAGAAUUGAAACCGUCAA